ACUUAAAAAAAAAGCACCAACAAUUGCGCUUUGUCACAAUUUUAAUGAAUCGAAAUUCCCUUAUAAGGAGCCGCGUAAUUGCAUAAUUGCAUCGCCGUAGGCGUUCGGAAAACAAUUGCGAAUCGGGCCGGGCACUCUUGAUCUCUCUCGUUAUUAUUAUCGUUAUUUUUUUUUAUACAUAAGCUAGUAACGAGGCGUUUUCCUCGAUCGUAAGAUGGGCGAUUUCCCGACGGAUUUUCCGGAAAAAAAAAUAACAUAAAAUGUACUACGGUAGAUUUAUGGUGCCCCCCGUAAGGGCGAAAUUGAACGAGCACGGGUUGAUUAGCGUAUCGAAUUACGUUGAUAAGAGUUCGUGUCGAUUGCACAAUAGGAAAUUAAACGGUACUUUCUCGACGAGAUCUCAGUCGCCUAGUAACGUCAACGGGGCGAAUUUGAGGUAA